AUGGCCGCGAUAAAUACCAUCUACUCUGCUACCUAUAGCAGUGUCCCCGUCUACGAGUUCAAGCUCGAGACCGACAGUGUUAUGAGAAGGCGAGGGGACGAUUGGGUCAAUGCUACACAUAUUCUUAAAGCGGCAGGGUUUGAUAAGCCCGCACGAACGCGCAUCCUUGAGCGAGAGGUCCAGAAGGGAGUACACGAAAAAGUCCAGGGAGGCUAUGGCAAAUAUCAGGGAACAUGGAUACCACUUGCGGAAGGCCGCCAGCUCGCGGAGCGCAACAACAUACUGCCAAAACUAGCUCCCAUUUUCGACUAUGUCGCCGGAGACCGCAGCCCGCCCCCGGCCCCAAAACACACAUCAGCACCAUCCAAACCUAGAGCACCGAGGAAAUCGGCUGCUGCAAAUCGCGCCGCGGCAGCGGCGGCAGCAGCAGCAGCCCAAGCAGCAGAAAGCUUGAAAGUGGUCCAACCUCAGCGCAGCAUGGGUCCACCAAUCAUCCCACAAGACCACUAUGAAAUGAAUGCAGGAUUUGACGACAAUGAGUCAAUUGGGCAUGCUACAAUCGAGUCAUCUUCAAUGGUGGCGGACGAGGAUAUGUUACAAAUGUCACAUGGGGGACGGAAGCGGAAGCAUGGAGUUGACGAGGCAACUGCGAUGUCCAUCAGCGAGCAAGAUCACAUUAUCUACGGCGAUCAACUUCUAGACUAUUUCAUGACCGUGGGCGAUGCACCCGAGGCGACACGUAUCCCUCCUCCGGAACCCCCCGCUAAUUUCCAAGUCGAUCGAGCCAUUGAUGACUCUGGGAAUACAGCCCUUCACUGGGCCUGUGCGAUGGGCGAUUUGGGAAUCGUGUCGGAUCUCUUGCACAAGGGAGCGAAUAUGAAGGCACUUUCGGAGCACGAGGAGACGCCCCUUGUCCGAGCUGUUCUAUUUACCAAUAACUACGAAAAGAGGACGUUCUCAGCUCUCCUGGAUAUGCUCCUGGAUACUGUCUCCUUCCGGGACUGGUUUGGCGCUACUAUCUUCCAUCACAUUGCAGAGAAUACCCGAAGCAAGGGAAAGUGGAAGAGCUCACGUUACUAUUGCGAAAUUCUCCUCGAUAAGUUAUGCAAGACAUGCUCGCAAGAUGAGAUACAAAUGUUGCUGUCAUGUCAAGAUCAGAAUGGAGACACUGCUGCCUUGGUUGCUGCUCGCAAUGGCGCAUUCCGUCUGGUGAACAUAUUUCUUGUGCAUUGUCACCGGGCUGGUGAUUUGGUGAAUAAUAAAGGGGAAACCGCCAACAGUAUUACGGAACGCUGUCACAAUCCCGGUCAUGAUAUUCCACCCGCCCCAUCUUCGGUCACCAUGGCCAAUGAACAUAUGGAUGCUGAAGCGGGUGCCCUCGCGUCUACGCAUCAACAAUCCGUUGCUCCAAUUGCCGACGCUCCUGCGACUUCGGAGCUGCUGUCCAAGAUUGGAGCCAUUAUGGCAGAGGCAAAUAAGAAGCUAGCCGUGACAUAUGGAAACAACUCAAAGAUCAACCAGCAAGAUUCUAACGAUGUUGCAAAUCCCGAAGCAUUACACGAACAGUUGGAAUCGGACCGCCAGAAGAUUCAGAAACAGAUUGCUGCAUUAACAGCCAAGGAGGCCGAGCAUGAACGGGGCGAUGAUCAGGCUUCUCGUUAUGAAAAAUUGAGGGCAAGCUAUGAGUCCCUUCUCGAGCAAAUCCAGCAUGCUCGUUUGGCCGAGCAGUUUGCUCUCACAGAAUUACCGAAACCGACGCCAGCCUCCCUUGAGCAAGAUGAUCUUAUGGCUCGGUAUCAACUUGCUCAAGAGCUCUGCUCCGCACAGAAGAUACGCCGCAAUGCCAUCAAGGAUCUGGCGCAACAAACAGCCGAUGCAGGCGUGAGCACCAAGUUUGAUAUGCAUCGCAAGCUGGUGGCUCUGGCAACCGGUCUUAAGGAAGAAGAUCUGGACCCGAUGGCUGCCGAGUUGGCCGAAACGUUGGAAUUCGACCGGAUGAACGGCAAAGGCACGACCCCAGAACUAGGCCAUCGCCGAUUAUCAUCCCAGAAUGAAUCGGCCACUCUUCCUGGAAAUGGUGUCCCCGUUGACGCCUAG